GUAGCUUCUCUGUCAAUUAGAGAGACGGCAUCAGUAGAGAACCUUCUGAUGUUGUCCUCACCUGCUUCAAAUGCCAUCUUCACAUAUCAGUUUUGCAAGCUUCCUAAUCACAGAUCUAUCAAUAAUUCAGGGCCCAUCAGCAAUACUCCGAAGGGCGGGCUCUUACCCUGCACUUUGGUACUGUCAGCAAAUAAUGUGCCGUACACAGAUUCUCCAUUUCAAAUCCCAGGGCAGCAGACCAACUCUAGCUAGUAUUGUAUUUUCAAUUAGCUUCUGAGUGAAUGCUUGGCAUUUGCAGAAGGGAAUCUGCACACAAUUAGCUUCUUGUUCCUUUCAGCUUGAUGCUGAGUGGAUCAUCUGGAGAACUGGAGGAAGAAGAACAGCAUCUCUGAGAAGGGACAUUGCUGUGGAUGUAGAAGGAAGAAGGGGGUUUUGCAGCUCAAGCAAUUUCUGCUCGCUCUACCUCAGAAAUUAUUGUGAUUGUUAAGGAGCGUUGGGCUUCAAGGAGUUUGCCAGGAGAUAAGAAGAGAAGGAACUUUCUUGUCUCUCCUUUCAGCAGGCCAGAUCUCCCCACCCUCCCCCUACUGCUAUUCCUAAAUACUGUCAUGGAACCAAACAGUCCUAAAAAGAUACAAUUUGCUGUACCAUUAUUUCAAAGUCAAAUAAAUUCUGAAGCAGCUGAACAGAUCAGGAAAAGAAGGCCCACCCCAGCAUCCUUAGUAAUUAUGAAUGAUUCAUCUCCUGAAAUAGAUGAGAAGAGAAUGAACAACAACUCCCAAGAUGAAUCACAGAAUGUCUCCCCUAAACAGAGGAAGCAGAGUGUCUAUGCUGCACCUGCCAUGAAAGGUACUGUUGAGGAAUUAAGCAUCUAAAAACCCAGAAGGACUUGGCAUUUCCAGAGGAAGAGGAAGGAGUCUGUGAAAGAGAUGAGGAAUAGCACCCUCAAUAGCACCCAACCUCUUGUGAAAAAGUCUCAAUGGUCAAAUAUGAAACUGCUCAACUUUUCAGUACCUACUGUGGAACUUUAUGGCUUAUGUUCCUGACCCAAAACAGUCUUCAUCCUGGUACCUAAGAAAAGGAGGGUUUUGCAGUGCAAUUCAUCAUUUGCAGAACUGGCCUAUGGUACCUCCUCGGUGAAGACAGUUGCUUCUUUCUCCUUGCCUUUUCCUUUUCUUUGUAGUAACUCAACUUAUAUGCCAUAUAUACAAAUAUAUGGUUUCCAAAGGUGUUGGCUCUACUAUCUUAAAUUCCAAGUGUGGGCUGCAGCCUAAAAUCAGUUGUAAAUAGUGCAGAUUUAAAUGCUACAAAAUAAAUACGAUGUACAUUUAGACUAAA